AGUAACGGAGUGAGGCUGUGAUCAGUGUUGCAGAAGUUUUUUGUGCAAGGCUCUAGAUAUUGCAAAUUCACCAUGAAAUUCCGCUUUUGUGGAGAUCUUGAUUGCCCCGAUUGGGUGCUUGCUGAAAUAAGUACACUUUCCAAGAUGUCUUCCAUAAAGAUGAAGCUCCUAUGUGCCCAAGUUGUGAAGGAUCUACUUGGAGAAACUAUAGAUUAUGCAAAAGUCCAAAAACUAACCUCGGAUGCAAAAUUCGAAGUUUCAGACGUCAAGGCAGUAAUUGCUGCACUCUGCUUUAUACUCUCAAGUGCUGCAAAAUACACCGUGGAUAGUGACUCGCUUGGGAACGAGCUGCAACAGUUAGGCUUACCGAAGGAACACUGUGGCGCGCUGUGUAAAGUUUAUGCAGAAAGUUUAUCGCCGCUACAAGACCGAUUUAGGGAGACUUCUCUGAAAUUCGAUGGUAUUUGUAAUCUUGAGUGGAGGGUGGAUUAUGUGUUAGGGUCUAGUGAACUGGAUGAUGUCAAAGAACCUGAAAUUCAGCUCAAAUUUAACAAGGGUAGCCCAGAUGGAGAGGUCGUGGCGUUCACCGUUACAUCCGACAAGUUCAGGGUGUUGCUUGCGGAACUAAAACAAGCUCAAUCCUUUAUGGAGGGUUUGUCUUGAUGCAACAUGCAGAUUUAGUUAUAAUAAAAGUCAACGAAGCACUCAGUGUAGCUCAACAAGUUUCCUACUAGCUGAAACAGUGCAACAUACUUGAACCAUAUUAUAACUAUGGAGACUUGUACAUAAGAGGUUGGAAGAGUUGCAGGAGUGGAUCUAGCAGAUGGGUUGUAAGGCUAUAGCCCCCCUGAUGAUCAGGGUGGUAAAGGGGGGGAUGGAUCACGUUUCACAGACCGGGCAAAUCCGCAUUUCUAUGUUUCACAGAAACGAAAAAUGGCCUUUUAAAUCGUUAAAUCUUGUUUCACAGACGUCAAAAUGGACGAUUUCACGUUUCUUGACAGUGAAAAAUGGCUGAAAUCUCGUUUCAAGAAAACACCCUUUACCUCCCUGUAUGAGGGGAAAAAUAUGCUGUAAAUAGAGUCAUCUUCCCAAUUCUGGACUCUAAAAAAAUUUUGUGCAGCAAUUCCCGUCACUGCCGGUGACUCGUGCCAACAUAACAAACAAAACAAACUUCUGGAUCCUUUUAUUAAAUUGAACUUGGUACUAAAAAAUAAACUACAAAUUACAGAUGUUAAGAUAUGCAAGAUAAUACAUAGUAGGUUCCGGUGGCGGAGUAACAAUAUUGUAGUAUGAGAAAGGUGAAUGAAAACGAUUUUACCUUACAGGUGACGAAUCUUAUGGAAGUGACUGAGACGGUGGUAUAACUCAAUGAAACAUACUAAUGACUUGCUACUUCUUAAGUAAAAAUGCAGACUAAAAUUUACAUAGUAUGUAUAGAAUGUACAAAAAUAGUGAACUAUCUUAGAGAACAAUGAAAGUAGGACAACAGAUAACAAUAAACAAUGUUGGCGCGCUACUUAUCUAAACUGGAACUAAGACAAUACAAGAUUUACAUGGGACAAAUUUGUCUCAAACUGCCUGUCUAGGGGGCGCAGUGAAAUUCAAAAUUUGAUUCACUGGUUGAUUGUACACUUUUAUCACAAGUUAUGUCAAGUCUGUAAUAGUGAGAGUCAACUAUGCAGUGGCAUGUUGUACACGUCUGUGUAGUUUACUGACAUUAGCCCUUCCUCGGAGCAAAAUAUGUCAAUAUAAGCACUAAAGUGGUCAACCUAAAGCCUGUGUCAGGGCUGGCAGCUUGAAAGUACUUUGCAGCAAAGAUACAGGCUUUGAAACAUAUAUUCCUUUAGGGUGCUGAAAUGAAAUGUACCCAACUGAUGUUGUCGGGAAAUUGCGUUUGGGGCAUAUUUUUAGUAUUAUGUGAAUAACUGUGUGAUAUUUAAUAAAUUAAAAAACAACACA